CUAGACUUUUAUGAUACACAUGUAACGCAUAAAUGUCCAUCCAUCCCUCGAUCUGACGCCAGAAACACAGACAAGACAUCAGUCGCCUUCCUCUCUGCGUCUAUAUGAUCUGCCUUCACUAGAGCGGCAGGUCCUCAAACUCAUGUUUCUCCGCCGACUUGGUGCUGCACACAAACAGACAGACAGACACACAGACAAACAAAAUGGUUCAUUCCUGUCGGUCUGCCGUCGUGCGGUGCGCGUGUGGCGUCAUUACUGUGGUUCAAGGAAGGUCUCGCAGAGGACAUGACCCAUCGCACUCGCCACGUCCAUUGCGGUCUCGCCUUGCUGCACACCCACACCCACACACACACACAAGCAGCCAACAAGACGUGUGCUCAUGUUGUAUGAAUGGCCUGCCUGUCGCUUACGAAGUUGGUCAGGUUUGCGUCAGUGCCCUUGUCAAUCAAUACCUUCAGGCAGUCCAGCUCUCCAUUCCUUGCUGCCUCAUGCAAGGCCGUGUCGCCCCACUGCACACGUCCAUCCAUCCAUCCAUCCAUCCAUCCACCGCUGCGCUCUCUCUGUCACCUUGUCUUUGAUGUUGAGUGAGGCCCCCCUGUCUGCGAGCAGCUGAAGGGUCUCGUCGUACCCACGACGCGCCGCAAGGAUCGCCGCAGUGCUUCCUGACUGCACACAUGCCAUACGCAGACGGCCAGAAACACCUAGAGAAAGCUCUCUCUCUCUCUCUCUCUCUCUCUGUCAGCUUACAUCGUUGACGAGGUCCAUACUGGCCCCCCUGUCGAGCAGCAGCCUCACAGCGUCAAUAUUGCCACCCAUCACGGCACAUAUCAGCGCAGUCGCCCCCCACCAGUCCUUGGUCUUGUCAAUGUCCACCACAUCCCUCUCCAAAUAAUCCUCAAGCGCCGCGACGUUGCCCUCCGUGGCCGCAAACAGAUAGUUGAACGCGAAAUCCUCUGGCACCUCCCCCUCUGCCCCAGGAGUCGAUGCCCUUAUCUCCGCCCGCCUGCGUGCAUCCUCCUCAGCCACGACCGCGGCUCUCCUCCUCUGUAUGAGAGCCAGAGUCUUGUCAAGCUGCAGCAGCUCUGCCUUGAGAGUCCGCCGCCUCUCCUCGGUCGCGUCUUCCUCUGACGCCAGCCUGUCCUGGUCGGUGCAAUCCAUGAUAUCCUUCUCACUCAUGAAAUCGGCAAGCCUCGUCGAUGGCGGCUUGGGCUGUGCGCGGCGCGACUCACGUGGGAGCCAAAGCUGCCUGACGUGUGGUGCUGGUUGCAGAGAGGGCACGAAUGCGGCUCUCCGGAGUCGCAUUGCAGUGCCUGAAGGGAAACGAAGAUCCAUCUCUCAUCAGAUUUGCACAUCUGGUGUCAAUUCGUGCAGCCAUCUUUUUCGUUCCGGCGGACCUGUGGCGACGAGUACGAGUGCCAUUACCAGCACCAUAAUCGUCACGCGGCCGUGCAGUGGCAGGGACAAUGCCAGAGUGGACAUCAUUUGGCAGCGGUUUUGCGUGAUUCAUUCAUCGCUCGAGAAGAUCCACAGAUCUCGUAGCUGCUGGGGCCACCGCGUGU